ACUAUCUUCAAGGUUCCUUUAAUACCUGAAAUUCGCCCCCUUCGCGGCGCACGAGUCUCUGAUCCCGAUUGGCUGGGCAGGGCAGGCGGCGGGACGCAGGGCGCGCCCGGGCGGUGCUGAUUGGCCGGAGGAGGCCAGCCGGGGGAAACUUCCGGGAAUGUCCGCACUCCCGCGUUCCACAGGGCAGCAUCCGGCGGCAGCGGAGCCUGUGGCUCCCCCUGCGGGCUGCUCAGCGGCGUGCACAGUCCUGCCGGCUGGCUUGGUGGGGUGCUGAGGCUCAGGCAGCAUGACGACGGAGACCUUUGUGAAGGAUAUCAAGCCUGGGCUCAAGAAUCUGAACCUUAUCUUCAUUGUGCUGGAGACAGGCCGAGUGACCAAGACAAAGGACGGGCAUGAGGUUCGGACCUGCAAAGUGGCGGACAAAACAGGCAGCAUCAAUAUCUCUGUCUGGGACGAUGUUGGCAAUCUGAUCCAGCCUGGGGACAUUAUCCGGCUCACCAAAGGGUACGCUUCAGUUUUCAAAGGUUGUCUGACACUAUAUACUGGCCGUGGGGGUGAUCUGCAGAAGAUUGGAGAAUUCUGUAUGGUUUAUUCUGAGGUUCCUAACUUCAGUGAGCCAAACCCAGAGUAUAGCACCCAGCAGGCACCCAACAAGGCGGUGCAGAAUGACAGCAACCCGUCAGCUUCCCAGCCUACCACUGGACCCUCUGCUGCCUCUCCAGCCUCUGAGAACCAGAAUGGGAAUGGACUGAGUGCCCCACCAGGUCCCGGUGGUGGCCCACAUCCCCCUCAUACUCCCUCCCACCCACCCAGCACCCGAAUCACUCGAAGCCAGCCCAACCACACACCUGCAGGCCCGCCUGGCCCUUCCAGCAACCCUGUUAGUAACGGCAAAGAAACCCGGAGGAGCAGCAAGAGAUAGCAUGACAUUCUUUCUUCCUGCCACCAACCACAUCCCAAGUGUCUCCUGGAGAGCAAGAUAGCCUUCCACUGGCUGGCUGGUGUAGCAGUAUUUUAGCCACUGAACUUCAGUGGAGGGUGGUGAGCAGUGUCCUUAUACACCCUAAUCUCAUACUCCCUCAUUGUCCAGCUGAACUACCUGUCCCCUGGGAGUCAGGACCCUCUGCCUGCUCUCUUUCCUCUUUAGAAAUGGCAGUUACUGGCUGGGCGCAGUGGCUCACGCUUGUAAUCCCAGCACUUUGGGAAGCCGAGGUGGGCGGAUCACCUGAGGUCGGGAGUUCAAGACCAGCCUGACCAACAUGGAGAAACCCCGUCUCUACUAAAAAUACAGAAUUAGCCAGGCAUGGUGGCGUAUGCCUGUAAUCCCAGCUACUUAGGAGGCUGAGCCAGGAGAAUCUCUUGAAACCGGGAGGCGGAGGUUGAGGUGAGCCAAAAUUGCACCAUUGCACUCCAGCCUGGGCAAUAAGAGCGAAACUCCAUCUCAAAAAAAAGAAAGAAAGAAAGAAAGAAAGAAAUGGCAGUUACCAUCUGUUUCUUCUGUGUGAGACAUGGGAGUCUAACUGAAGUCUCUCCUUCCUAAUAAAUGUUACCACUCUA